AUGGUCGCGCCCCUGACACUCAUUACUCCAUCGUCUUUCCUGUUUGAUUUGCCGCACGGCGGGAAAGGCGAUCGUUGGACCAGCAAGGCGGCAGCAUCUAUCGAUUCUUACGGCAACCCGGCAAUCACGUUAACCCGGAAUGUCAGCUUGCUACGCAGAGACGAGGCCAAGCAAGUAUAUCGGCGGCGUUGGCAAGGGAAGCUGAACCCAGAGCUCAAUGCCCUUGAGACUGUACAGCAGGCGGAGCUUCAUGUUAUGAAGCUGGACGAUGUCCGCGGCCGUCAAGACGCCAACAAUCGGAUGGAUAUACAAUAG